AUGUCUGAAGAGUUUAGAAGGUCGCUGAAGAAUAGGCUGCCGCCAAUGCUCCCGACGCGUGCGCCGUGGGCCGACCCUUCAGCCACUCCACAGGAGGAGGAAGAAGACGACGACGAGGAGGAGCUGGCAGACGACGUCGGCGAGAUGUCUAGACGAUUCUCAGUCCGUACAGACGUUUCGCCCCUCUCUGCCUCCCAGUUCUUUGAACAGGCGCUGGCAGUCACGCCGCCAGGCCGCGACGCGACGUUCCGCGUCUACCUGACCCCACCAACACCCGGCGCCGCUCCGUCCAAGACGAACCCGUUCGGCACAUACGUGAUUGCGCACCACGGCGCUGGUGCAUCGGGUCUCAGCUUUGCCGCUUUGGCAAAGGAGAUCAAGGCGCGCGCGCCUGACCUUGGUGUGCUCGCGUUUGACUGUCGCGGCCAUGGCAAGACGACGGUCGAGAAUGGAAGCAGCGACACGGACCUGUCGCGCGAUACUCUCGUGGCCGACUUUACUGCGCUGAUUGAGCAUGUGUUCCCCAACCCGAAGGAAUCGCCUUCCCUUGUCCUGGUCGGACACUCGAUGGGUGCUGUCCCAAUCCUCGCGGCCACUCCAGUCCUCCAGAAGAAUGGGUACAACAUUCCAGGUGUGGCUGUCCUGGACGUUGUGGAGGGAACCGCCGUCGAGUCCCUCCCGCGCAUGAAGGGUAUCCUGGGCAAACGCCCGACCUCCUUCCUCUCGGUCCCAGACGCGGUCCAGUGGCAUCUGGCGUCGGGCUCUGUCCGAAAUGCGGAAUCCGCGCGUGUGUCUGUCCCAAGCUAUGUCGUGCCCAUUCAGAGUGGAGCCGGACCGGACGAUAAGCAGCAAUGGCGUAUCGACCUUCUCAAGACAGAACCGUACUGGGCAGAAUGGUACGAUGGACUGAGUAACCUCUUCCUCACGGCGCGGUGUGCGCGGCUCCUUGUUCUCGCGGGACAAGAGAGGCUCGACCGUGAACUCAUGGUUGGCCAGAUGCAGGGCAAGUUCCAGCUGGAGGUCAUGCAGGAUGUUGGCCACUUUUUGCAAGAAGACGACCCGGCCACCCUCGCGACGACCUUGGUCGCAUUCUGGAAACGCAACACCCAAGUCCUCGUGCUCCCGCCCAAGAUUGGGGCGCCGGGCGGACUGGGCGGGCCCUCCGUGUCCGUCAAGCAUGUUGGAGAGAGAUAG